AUGGUUAGGGAGAGGGAAGAAUGGGAGAAGUAUUGCGAGCGGUUGCUGAAGCAGGUGAAGGCUUUUGAGAGGUCGAAGGCCGCCUUUGAAGAGGAGAAAGCGAAGUUCGAAACAGAUAAAAAGGCUGAAGAGUGGGGCCGUGAAGGCCUUAAAAACAAACUUCGUGCCACUGAAGAACUCCUCUCAAAGGAUCGUGCUGAAUGGAAGGCUAUCUGUGCCAAGGACAAUGUGCGCAUGUAUGCGGCUCGCUCUAAUAUCACCGAUCUUGAAGGUCAAGUUGCGGAUUUGAAGAAGAAGGUGGAGAAUGCGCAAGCUGUGCAAGACCAAGUCGAGGCUGAGCUUAAGGCGCAAAUAUCUGGCAAGGACAGAGAUUUGUCUGCCAAGGACGUUGAGAUCGCUGAGUUAAAGCGUCGUCUGCAUGAGCAGAUCGAAAGGAGCGAGUCCUUGGAGAUUGAUCUCGAAGCUGAAAAGUCAAAAGCUGCCACUGUCGAAGAAGCGAAGCAGAAGGCUGAGGAGGCGCGAGCCAUUAGUACCGCUGCUCUCAAUGUGGCACAGAAUAAUUAUUCUGAGGCCCAAGGUAUCGUGGACACUUUGGCUGCGGAAGCUGAGUGGCUGCGCAGCCGAGGGAUCGCUCUGAUGGCCAACUCUGUCUUGAAUGUUGGGGAGCUGGAUACAGCCGUUGCUGCUUUAAUAGAUGCUUCACGUGCUGUUGGUCACCGGGGUGGUUACUUGGAAUGUGCGCAACAUGUUGCAGAGAUGUUUGGCCAAGAAUUUGACACUAGUCACUGCUCGGUGACUAAUCAAGCUAAGGCCGAGCUGGCUCGCGCUAAAAAUGGUUACGAUAACUUGUCUCUACCAGUGAUGGACUUGGUUACUGAAGCACUGAAGCAUGAUGACUGGUGUCAUCGAUUGAAGACCGUCCUAGAUCCACCACAAACGGUUGAAUUAUCUGAUGAGGAGUUGGCAGGCGAUGAUGAAGGCGAUGAUGAUGGCGGGGAUGGUGAUCAACCUGAAUAG